CUUCGUAUUCACUUGCUGCUGCCUUUGACAUCACUCACCACCAGCCAACUUGAUGCCAACAUCCCACGGCAGCCCAGAGAGAAUCCUUCCUCGCCUAUGUGUAGAGCAACACAAGGACGCUCCAUGCUAGCCCACGCCAUUUUCGUCGGAACCUACCGUCUCCUGACUCCUCCAAGUUUCCACUGAAACCAGCAAUACCAAAUAUUGCUAUGCACAUGACCCGGAAAACCAUCGCGCUACGCCUCCGUCGACGGCUCGAAGCCGCUACUGCCCCAUCUUUUCCGCGGUUGGGGCCGAAGUCGUCCCGUCUAUUCGCAUUCGGAAUUAUUGUCUGACCGCCGUCCACCAUGCGAACAAAAAUAGAUCGUGAACGAGUUGGCUCAACAUCACCUCUGCAUGUUGCAAAGUACAGCCCCAGCUCGAGUUCAAUUGCUGCUUGCAGAGCGUGCUAUAUGCCAUUACCCUUCAGAUUCGUACCCAGACCCCAGCAGCGAAGAGCGCAACCAGUCAUACAACCUGGAGGGAACAUACAUGGCAAUAUGAUAUACGUAUCUCAGUUAAACUUGAAUAAUCCACCACUUUCAUCCUUUCAAACAUUGCCUACUAAUGUACUUGAUCGUUUCACUGUCUUUCCGUCACUUCCUGUUCUUCCGCGAUACCAAUUCCAAAGGGAAAGAGCAGGCACUCCCUCCCGUACCUUCCCAAUCUCCAUCUACCGCAGUUGGCCUUCGUGACCUUGCCGUCCACCCACCAAGAUGCGACGCGACGCCCAAUUCCCUCCGGCACACCUUGAUUAUCGAGCAUCGAAAUAGUGUCGCAUGACUUUCUCCCCGUUUCCCCCAAGCAUCAGUUCUGCAUAGGUAAACACUGGGUCAACAUUCAUCGCUCCUCAUCAACUGCGUUUGUGCUGUUCCCCAACGAGCACAGGACCCGCCGUUGGAAAGGCAUGGUGAGCAACGGAUUUGGGGAACCCAGAGGAAUCUCCAGCAAUGUUGCUUCAUGGGCAAGACCACGUCCUCUAUCAGACAUACGCGAGCUCACGGAACCAAGCUUAGCCGAUACCAUACCCCAAAGGCUAUUAUCUGAAGGCAACAUCCCCAGGAGCGUAUCCCGCUCCGAUCUGUCGCGCAAACCUUCAGUCGCAUCUAGACGCCCCAGCAUCGACAAUCGACUUGCCGAGAACAGAGAUCCGGACAAGAAGACGAGCAUUGACAGCAAUGGUGCCAGACCUGCACAACGAGGGCGACCCGGUAAUAGAACGCCAUCACCAGACAUCAGCAUUUCCAGCAUAUAUAGUAUUCCGCCCAACAGCGUGCCUCCCCGUUCAUCUUCUCGCGUCCGAGCCCGUAGUGCUUCUCGUUCUCGUCCACCCCCACCAGUUACAGCCUCACGAGCACCCACCUCGUCUUUGCACAUCGUACCUCUCCCUCCUCCCUCUUUGACUGACCCCAACAAGACGAUACCACAACGUGGCCAGUCACAGUCUCCAUUGCGUCACAUCGCUGCUCGACUCGAUCCCAUCUCCCAUGACACCAAUCGCCGUAUACCGUCUCAGACUUUCAUACGAGAACCACUUUCGGCCGAGCUCCUGGAAUUCCCUGUCCAUCGACAUCCAAGGGUCCAUCUUGAAUUGGAUCUUUCGGCCGGUAUAUUUGUAGGGGGCGGCUCCGUCGAAGGUACUGUGCAGAUCAAAAUCGAUGAGGCCGACCGGAUACGCCACCGAAGAGCGUUGGCGAUUGGACGAAUAUCGAUAGACCUUCUUGGACUCGAAGAAGCGUCCGGAAACAGACGCGCCGUAUUUCUUAAUCUGGCCACGGAGCUCAUUGACGAUGACAAUCCGCCUCCACCCAACAUGGUGGAGCACCGGGAUCAGAUUGGCCAUGACGAUUCAUUCUGGAAUCUGAUGCCUUCUGUGACCAAUAUGCCCUUCAUGAUGAGCCUUCCGCUGAACGUUGGGCCGCCGCCUUUUCAAUCUAAGAACGCAAAAAUCCGUUACUCGGUCUGCGUAUCACUACUUAUACGAGACCAAGGAAAACAGUAUAUUGUGCGGGCUUCGGAGGAUGUUACCAUUCUGUCUGUUUAUGAUCCUGAGAAAGCUCUCAUGUCCUUGCCUAGCCCUCUUACAGCUUCGGAUGAAUGGGUCAAGCCUCGCGAUGUUACCGUCGAGGUUGUUAAAGUUACUGCAGGGCUCCACCGACAGGUUUGGGUUAGCGGAACGAGCAUCUACGUCGACGUUCACAUUGUCAACAACAGUCGCAAAAUGAUUAAAAAGAUUGAGCUGCAGCUGGAAAGGGAUCUACUGUGUUACAAACACGUUUGUGGCUCAUGUUCUUCAUGCGCGAGCCAGCAACUGCUGACAAGUGUUGUUUAUUCAGGCUGCUGCAGCUACCAUGGAAAAAUCGGCCAGUCAAGCGCGAAUCUUCGACAGCAACGAAAGAUCUAUACUCGGAAAAUCUGUAAUAAAACAGGGGACAGCCGGCUGGCACGGUGUGCCUGCUCAUCAAACACAUAUCCGCACCUGUCAUUUAGAAGUACCUCGAGGUCAUGCUACUGUGAAGUGUGGUACGUCAAACCUUUCACUCGCAGAAUCCCAUGGGAUAUUAACCAAUCAGGCAAAUAUUUUGAAGUACGGUACUUCCUCAAUGUCAUCAUUGGUAGCGCCCAUACCAAACUUGUGGCAGUCCAGCUACCAAUCGUGCUCAUCCACAUGAACUCCCUUGAUGUAGUCCCCAAUUCAGUAGCUCAGGUUGCUGCCGCCAUCGAGGAGAAGCGUACAGCUAAUACUUACAAGCGGGGUUAUUCCCCGCCUCGCCUCGAACGUCAACCUUCCCGCUCAGUACAGGGUCGUGCUUUCGCUGCACCUCGCACGCAGUCACUUGAGCGCAUGCGUUCUCAGGCGGAGGAACUGCAUGUCUUAAGCAAAGACGUAGACCAGAGCCCUCGGAAAGACGGCACUCAGCGUUUGAACACGGCUUGGGAUUAUCGUACACCCCCGAGCAACCGCAAAGGCAAAAUUCUCGCAGAUGGCGACGUAGCUGAUCUUCAAAAUCAAUUGCGGAGGGUGAAAUCGAACGACACCGUCCUCUCUAAAUCGGCUACCAUCAACAGAGGCAAUUCGAUGCAAUCCGGGCGCAAAUGUGCCUCUUCCCUUGGUUUUCGAGAGACUGAAGUCAGGGAGGAUAUCGAAUUGGGAGGCCUGGGAAUGACGGGGUAG